GCUGGCAGAGGUGUCAUGGCGGCCACAAACGUCACUUUCCGCUGGCUGGACCUACUAGAGAAGGAGUUUGACAAGUCCUUCGUUGACCUUGACCUCCUCAUAGGUGAAGUUGAUCACUAUGAUGUAGAGGAGCCUGAUUUUCAAGCACAAGCACGGUCUAGACUGGAAGCUCUCUCAUCGUGUUUUGCACAACUCGCUCACAAGGCACAGACGGUUUUCCAGGCCAAUGCUAAACUUGAGGCAGAGUUGGUGCACCUUCGCCAUGAAUGUGCAGAAGGUCAUGCUUUUCGCCAGGUGGCUGAGGCAGAGAGCAAAGAGCUGUUAAUGAAACUUCACUCUAGCCAACUGAAGUUACACUCCGCAGGUGGAGCAGCUCACACUCAAGACUCGGAGAAGAUCAGAGAACGAUUGGAAAAAGAUUUGGAGGAGCAGCGAUUAGAAAGCUUAAAAGUUAUGAUUGGAACUCACGAAGCUGCCAUACUUAGAAAAGAAAAUGAUUCGUUGAGGCGAUAUAUACUAGGACUUCAGGGGGAACUCUACGGAGCCAAACUUGCUGCCAAAUACUUAGACAAAGAGUUAGCUGGAAGGAUUCAGCAGAUUCAGCUGUUAGGUAGAGACCUGCGUGGAGAAGAGCAUGACAAAUUAUGGCACCAAUUGGAAGCAGAGAUUCAUCUACAUCGACACAAGACUGUAGUGAGAGCUUGUCGAAGUCGCUUUACUCGUGGAUCACAGAUGCCUGGAGAAGGGAAUGUGUGUGGAGUGAAUGGGGGUGGAAUAUCACGACCAAGUAAGCAACAGCAACGGAGGGUUGUAACCUUGCAGAAGGCUCCACAUGAAGGUCUUGGUAUGUCUAUUACAGGUGGUCGAGAGCAUGGUGUGCCAAUCCUCAUCUCUGUUAUUCACCCUGAUACGCCUGCUAGCCGUUCAGGACAGCUCUAUGUUGGAGAUGCUAUACUUUCUGUCAAUAGCAUAUCUUUGAAAGAGGUUAAUCAUGUAGAGGCUGUACAACUGUUAUCAUCACAAGAAGGAACUAUCAUGUUAGAAGUAGUAUACGUCUCUCCAGAAGACGAUGAAGAUGAUGCAUCACUUGUAGAAGAUCCUUAUGGUUUUAAAUACAGAAUAUAUGAUGAAGAUGUUGUCAGCCUUGCUAGCAGUCAGUUGAUGCCAAAUGGUCGCUUGUCUCGUGCUUCACUUGAAAGUGUGAGAGGAUCCACCGAUAAUAUGCUUCUUGAUUCUCCAAGGAGACAUUUGGAUGUUGACAUUAUUAGCAAAGCUGAAAGCCCUACCUGCAAUGGUACCGAUGAAGCAUGCACAAGCAAUGGUGCUGAUGAAGCAUACACAAGCAAUGGUAUGGAUGAUCUGAUGACCAGCAGUGAUGUCAAUAAUUUAGUAUCACAUGAAAGGCUUAGUGGAGCAAUUGGUCAUGAGCCUCAUAGUGAUGUGAUAGAAAUUAAAAAUGAAGGGAGUACACAUGAUCAUCUAAUAAGAGAUGGUGAACAAGCACUUGAAGCUUUGCAAAUAGGGACCACAACUGAAGGUGACAUAAACACAGAAAAAAAUAAUAAGAAAAACCCACAAAAUGAGCUCUCUUUGAUCAACCUUCAUGAUUUAGAAGACAUCAGUUUUAAAGAAACUCAAGAUUCCAUCACAGAAUCUUCUCUUAGCUCUCCCUCUGUGGAUGAUAACGAGGAGUAUUCCCAUCAAGGCUGCCGCACACCAUUACAAGACAUCGAGCAGAAGCUCACCACUAAUUUCUCCAUUGAAGAGGGAAAGAAGCCGCCUAACAUAGCAGAGGUAGCCGAACCUUCAUCAGGCACCGUUGUGUUUAAUGGCAGUUACUAAAGAGUACAGUUUAGGUUUGGGCAGCUUGUCAGCACACAUACCUGAAAAAUGAAUUCCUAAGAAGUGCAUUUCACCAUAUUGUCAGGAUUAUAUAGUAUUGAGUUAUUUUAUAUACUGUACUGUAUGCAGUAGGACCACUGUAUCUGUGAGUCAGGUUUCCAUGGUUUUAGUUAUCCAUGAUUUACUGUGGCCCGAAAAUAACCCUUAAUUUUGCUUAAUAACCUCAGAGUGUAAAGUAGUGAUGCUGGCAGUUCUUCAAAGUCUAAGAGAAGAUGUGAAGUGCUUCCUAUCAGUGAAAAAGUGCUAAUUCUCUACUGAUUGAGCAUAACUUAUCAAACUUUAUAAUGGGUAUGUCUGAGAAACAACGUAUGUAGGAUUCGCUAGUAUCUGUGGCAGGUCUUUGGAAUGUAUGACCUGCAGAUACGAGGGUCCUACAGUAUAUAGUAUGCGACAGACUGCUGAUUUUAUCUGGGGAUGUGUUUUGGGAGACUAAAGUUAGGUUUGGGGCAAGUAGAAUUUUGUUGACAUUAAGGUAAGAAUAAAUACACUUUUAUCAAAAAGAAAACUUGUACAUAAAAUAAUUAAAAUAAAAGGAGCCUAUAUUAUAUACACAUUUUAAUGCAGUGUAAUUAAUAUAAGUAUGAAACUAUGAAAAUGAGUAUUGCUUGUAUAAGUAUUGUACUCAUCUCUAAGUGGAGAAGAAAAGAAAUAUGUAACACUUUUCAUUUGCUUAAAGUCGACCAAAGACGACUUCUGGUGAGAGAGAGACUCAUUAGAAUGCAAGUAUUCCUCAACAACUGGCCUUUUUCCAUGUGAAGGAUAGUCUCUAAUGAAAAAGACAAUUUGCAGAACAAACAUUUAUUGGAGCAUUGUUAUUGUCUCUUAAGGUAUUUAUUAAAUGAGGAUAAAGUUAUGAUAAGGAUUGGCACAUCAAAAUGUUGUCCCAAUAAAAGCUUGUCAUUUAAAUAUUGGGAUGAGUAACAAUUUCAAGACCAGAGUUUGUGAACUCUUUAGAUGCUCCUCUUCUGUUGACACAGACAUCUUCCAUAAAGUCUUCAAUUUCUCUGUUACGCUUUUAUCAUGUUUUGUAUACACGAAUGAUUGAUUCACUAAGUUAGAGCCGGUGAUCUCCAGGUGAACCUUGUUUAAGUAGCUCCCUUUCCUCUUGAUCUUCUUUAGUAGAUAAAGAUGUUUGAGAGAGGCACAUAAACUUAGAUGAUAUAGUUAAAAAACUGUAUAUAACAGUAGAAAAUCGUGUAGGUAAUACUUGUCAAGAGAGCGAUAAUGGAAACAAAAUAGGAAGGAUGUCACUUGAAGUUUCAUUGAAUUUAAAUGCUGCAUGUGCAUGCCACCAUGUGUUGUAUUGGCUAGAUGUAUCAAAGUUAUGUUUCAUCUAAUUGCACCAUAUGUAGUUUUGCACUACAUACAGUGGAUCUCAAAUUUAAUGACAUUACAGUGGACCCCCGGUUAACGAUUUUAAUCCGUGCAAGAGGGGUAAUUGUUAUGCGAAAUAAUCGCUAUGUGAAUGAAUUUUCCCCAUAAGAAAUAAUGGAAAUCAAAUUAAUCCGUGCAAGACACCCAAAAGUAUGAAAAAAAAAAUUUUACCACAUGAAAUAUACAUUUUCCCACACACAAAGAGAAGGAUACAUGCACAAUAGUAGAGUAGUACAUGCACAGUAUAUAUUGUGCAUGUACUAGUCUACUAAAUGAAGAAUAAAUGACACUUACCUUUAUUGAAGAUGCAGCAAUGACUGAUGAGACACUGUGUCCUGGGAGUGCCUUUUCCUCCUGAGUACUGUAGGUCCUGUUUGGCAUUUUCUUCCAGAACAGGCCUUAUCACACUGUGUAUGCCACUACGAUUCUUAAAUCUCUCAAACCAACCUUUGCUGGCUUUAAAUUCACCAAUAUGAGCACUAGUUCCAGGCAUUUUUCCCUGUUCACCUGGGUGUUAGUCGACUUGUGUGGGUUGCAUCCUGGGAGACAAGAUUAAGGACCCCAAUGGAAAUAAGUUAGACAGUCUUCGAUGACACUGACUUUUUUGGGUUAUCCUGGGUGGCAAAUCCUCUGGGGUUAAUUGUUUCUUGGUAUUCUCAAUAAGUCACACCAACAACGGUGCUACAGCAGCAGCAGCAGCUGACAGUGCAGCAGCAGCAGCAGCUGUACCACCAAUAGUAGCGAUGGUUGAUUGGGGUUUAUUAUACAACCUGGCCAGCUCGGAGACAUGCACUCCACUUUCAUACUUAUCAAUGAUCUUUUUCUUCAUCUCUAUUGUAAUUCUCACCCUUAUUGCUGUAGGGUUGGCACUAGAAGCUUUCUUGGGGCCCAUGGUCACUUAUUUUCCAGAAAAAGCACCGAAAACACUGUAAUAAUACGAAAUAUUCCGAUUGUAUGCUUGGAUGUUACCGCGGAGGCUGGCUGGUAAACAAUGCCACCGGCGGAACAUGUGAGCGUGGCUCAGGCCGCACAUUGGACGCGUCUCGGACGAAAAUCGGUAAGCGGGUUUUUAAGCGGUAUGUGAGGCAAAAUUUUUGCAAUUAAAGUAAGCGGUAUGCGAAAUAAUCGCUAUGUGAUGCCAUCGUUAUGCGGGGGUCCACUGUAUUUUAAAGUUCGUUUCCUGUCUAAAACUGGACAACAUAAAAAAAUUGAUAACAAAAUCUUGAUUUACUGCUAUCUUUUUUAUUUGUAUUUUUAAUAUUCAUAGAGUUCCCUAAAGCACUGCAGUUUAAAGGUUUUCCCUGAGUUUCUGGCAAAAAUGUGAAAUAAUAAACUUCAAUUUUAUGUAAGAAAAUGUCAAGUAUUUUUAAAUUGUUCUUUGGGUCACGGCACUUUGGUGGGAGAUGGCCAUUGAAAUAAAAAUAAAUACAGUGGACCCCCGGUAUUCGAUAUUAAUCCAUUCCUGAGAGCUCAUCGAAUACCGAUAAUAUCGAAAACCGAAUCAAUUUUCCUCAUAAGAAAUAAUGAAAAUCAAAUUAAUCCGUGCAAGACACCCAAAAGUAUGAAAAAAAAAUUUUACUACAUGAAAUAUUAAGUUUAAUGCAAUAGAAUAAUUACAAUAACAAUAAAAUAAUUGACACUUACCUUUAAUGAAGAUCUAGUGAUGAUUGAUAGGAUGGAAGGAGGGGAGAGGUAUUAGUGUUCAGAAGGGGAAUCCCCUUCCAUUAGGACUUGAGGUAGCAAGUCCUUUUCCAGGGUUACUUCCCUUCUUCUUUUAAUGCCACUAGGACCAGCUUGAGAGUCACUGGACCUCUGUCGCACAACAAAUCUGUCCAUAGAGCUCUGUACCUCCCGUUCCUUUACGAUUUGUCUAAAAUGGGCCACAACAUUGUCAUUGUAAUAGCUGUGUUAGGGUGAUUUUCAUCCAUAAAGGUUUGCAAUUCAACCCACUGUGCACACAUUUCCUUAAUUUUUGAAGUAGGCACAAUGUAUUCCACAACUGGUAUAGGCUUCUCAGAGUUAGCCCCAAACCCUUCAAAAUCUUUCUUAAUUUCCAUACUAAUUCUCACCCUUUUUACCACAGGGUUGGCACUAGAAGCUUUCUUGGGGCCCAUGGUGACUUAUUUUGCAGAAACAAGCACCAAACACAGUGAUAAUAUGGAUAAUAUGGAAUGUACCGAAUGUAUCCUGGCUUGUAAACGCUGGCACACAAGGGGCAGUUCAGGCCACAUGUGGACAGGUCUCGUACGAAUCGUAUCGAAUACCGGGUUUUCAAUCUAAUACCGAUGAAAUUUUUUUGUGAUAUAAUGCAUCGAAUACCGGAUUUAUCGAAUACCGAUGCCAUCGAAUACCGGGGGUCCACUGUACUUUUAAUAUAGCAUAUGCUAUCGUUGCACCUCAUAUAUCUGAAAUCAAGACCAGCAGCAAUCCACUGAAGGUGAAGAGUGACAGUAGUGUUGCUGAGUGUAAUUCAUCCUAGCCAGUAAUGUUUAUUAAAAAGUUAUCACUGCUAUAAAUUUACAAAUGAAUUAUUUUUAACUCUGAAUCCAUUUUCCUAUAGAAAACGAUAGUACAAAAGGUGGUUAUAUGUCAAAUAUGUUUAUACAUAGUAUGUGGAUUGAAGUUUGUAAAACUUACUUUUGGAGUUUGCUUGCAAGUGUGGAUGCUGGUAAUUUUGGUGUUCGUAUAUUGCAGAACUGCCUGUAUUGAAGUUUCACCAACAAUAAACUCAACCUGGAAGUUAGAAAUACUUGAGAUCUAGUUUCUAUAAUUAUGCUGUUUUUUUCUGGAUAAAUACCACAUUAUUUUUCAUCUUCACUUGCAGUGUUGCAGGACCAACAUGAGUUUAACAGGGUUUAAUGGCUCAGUGGGAGACAGCCAGCGUGUUGAAAAAUAAAAUCUUCACUGAGCCAUUAUUUUUGGUACUUGACAAUUUCUAGCACCUUUUAUAUUUGUAUCUUCCUUUUUAAACCAGAAGAGGUGUAAAAUUAAGCUUUUGAUCAAACAUUACUGUGAACUAAAUAAAGAAAUAUUUAAAUCAGUUUAACUAGUCAUCACUUGUAAACAACAGGUCAAACAGGUGUGAUGUGGGAUGACUACGAUGCUUUGGGCUUAAAGCAGCAAUACACUAUGAAAAUUAGUUUGCUUCAUCUCAGAUUUGCUGUUAGCAAAGAUAAGUAAAGCCAGCAAAAUUUUAACUUUAAACUAGUGUUUUGGGUUAUGUAGAUGUCGAUGUAUAAGGUGACCAUAUAAGUGGUGUACAUAAAUUGAUUAGAUAUAUAAGCAGUUAAGUGUUACAGACAUUUAAUCAGUGUACAGUAUAUCAUUAUUAUGUUUAUCUUUUUUAUUUAUUUAAAUUUGGCAGCCACAUACAAAAUUAGUGUUUAUUUUAGGUACAGACCAUCUUCACUUCUAAAAAUGUUAAUUUGCAUGAAUGGAGAAACUUCCUGUGAUAUCUUUACUGAAACUAAAUUGUUACAUCAACUGUGACUCCUAUCCUUUCUGCUAAUGUCCUUCCCUCAUCACCACUUCUCUCCUUCCUCACCCACAUCAUCUCUCUUAUCUCUGGUUAUGGGCAGUUUUCCUUACUUCCUUGCUGCUUCUUCCCAUCAAGCAGCAAAAAUAGGUACUAGUGUGUUUGCAGACUUGUGGGUUAUAUCAGAGAAAAAAUAUGCUAGAAAACUCAAUUUCCAGUGGAAUGUAAUAUCCUGUAUAAGAAAACACUCAGGUUGUGUCAGCAAGAAUGACCAUUAAGAGUUUAGUGCUUCGUUAUGAUUGUGUGUUUACCUGGAGUUUUACCUGGAAAGAGUUCCGGGGGUCAACACCCCCGCGGCCCAAUCUGUGACCAGUACAUGCUGGAAGUAUGAAGUGUUGGAUAAAAGGUAUUUGUGUACCCAAUGAUAUUAAUAAAUAAUAAAAAUGCAGUACAGCACUAAAUGACCCUUAUGCAUUUAGCAGUGUUGUGAAUGACUCCUUAUUAGAUGUCGAAAAGCUACUCCUAGAUUUACCAGACAUGCAUUUGCUGCAGCAGUUAUUUGAUUGAUGUGCACCUCAGGUAAUAUACCUGGUAUGAUACUCACCCCUGGGUCUUUCACCUUGAGUGAGGUUUACACCCCCUGAGCCUGUACUCUGUCUGCGGUCUUCUUUUUAUUAUUCCAGGCUUCAUAACUUUGCACUUGGUGGGGUUGAACUCCAGGAGCUAUUUGUCAGACUAGGCCUAGAGCCUCUUCAGAUCCAUUUGUAUCCAUUUUUCAAUAUUUGCAUUUGAUCAUGGCACAGUGUAAAAUCAAUAGGUCAGUAAAUUCACCUUCUUUGUUUCCAGAUGAUGCAAGGUUAAAUACAAACAAGUAGGCCCCGCUUAUACGGCAGGUUGGGUUCUGGGGUACUGCUGUAAAACAAAAAUUGCUGUAAAGUGAAACAUCCUUUUUUUCCAGUUUCAAAUGCAUAUAAAAGCCUGAUAACAUGUUUGCCCUGUCACAUAUUAAGUGAGCAACAGCUAUGCCUAAAAUAAUACAUAUACUGUACACUACACACAUUACUUACCUUAAAAUAUUUUUGUCUUUAUCUUAUAGUGAGUGGUGAAUAUAUAUUUAUUGUAGGAAGUCUGAAUCAAUGAAGAAUAGGUAUAAUUGAAAAGUGCUGCAUUAGCAAAAUUCUGUAAAGCGAAGCGCUAUAAAGCAGGGACCGCCUAUGUACCCAACCACCUAGACUUUUAUUGUUCACAUCAUGAAUUUUUUUUUUGUUUGUUUUUUGUUUUACUCCUGCUUUUUCCCUGAGUAUGAAAAUAAAUUUGGCAGGUUUCCUGCAGACCAGGUAAACUGGAGUUGGUUCAGUUCACACUAUGCAAGGGACCAUUGCAUUUACCACUAUAGACCCUUGUCAGUUCAAUGCUUUCUCUGAUUAUUAUAAUAAUAAUAAUAAUGUUACCACUAUAACAACUUGCCUUUUUCAGUUUUACAUUUUUGAAGAAUAAAGUCACAUUAUUGUGGCUGGAACAAUACACAAAUAGCCUGCACUUAAUAGAGGGACCGAAAUGUUAUUACUUUCGCAUCUCCUGAGUAUGGGUUAUGUGUAUUAUAUUUUUGUUAAUGCAAAUUCUUAUUUAUACGUAUAUAAACAUUAACUGGGACAAGAUUCUCAGGUUUAAGUGUCGAGCACUCUACACUAUAUUACAGUAGAUCUCCCAUGAAUUUUAGUGCUUAGAAUUUUCAGUAUUUUUGAGCAGUUACUAUUAAGACAGUGUAUUUAACACUUUUUUGAGAAUCGACAGCAUCUUAACCCUUUCACUGUCGAAACUCCGUAUCACAAACUUGUUCUGUUCAGAAGAAUUUAAAAAAAAAAAUAUUUUUUCUCAUGAGAUGGUAGAGAAUCUUUUUCUGAUGGUAAUGACACCAAACGUACGAAAUUUGAUGGAAAACUUACGGAAUUACGCUCUUGCGAAGUUAGCAGCCUUGGCAAUAUUUACGCAUCGGCAAUUUCACCCACUUUGACCCUGUUUUUGGCCAAUUCCAUUGUUCCAGUCGACCAAACUCAUAGCUAUUUUGCUAGAACUCCAAUUGUUCUAUUGACUUGGUACAAGAAACUGCCCAUUUACCAAUUUCAGCUACCCAAUAAAGUGAUCAGAAAAUGGUAAUUUGGCCAAUUUCAUACACAAUUCAAGUAAGCCUCAUUUCAAAAUAGGGUCCAGAAUUAAUACAAACAUUCCUAGCACUAAAAUAACAUUUUCUCUGUUCAUUAGUCAUGUCUCCAGGCUCCUCUUACAUUAUGCUUGCUUUCCAUUUUGAAUUUUUAUUCACACAAAAAAUAGAAGAUUUACUGUUAUGCAGACUACUGCAUUAUUGUAAAAAUGGUAUAAAUAAUAUCAGUGCAUUUGUGAAAGCAUAUUAGACCCACCAGUUGAUGUGUAUUGGAUGCAUGACUUAAUUUGUUUACUCUUGAACAUUGGCAAAAAUUGAACAUUUCCAUUACUUUGAGCUCAGUUUCAAGGUACUUUUAGUCAGAAAACCAUUCAAAAGAUCAUAUCUAUUUCUAUAAUAUAUCUUCAAUUCUAUCAAAUGAGACCAAGAAAAUGAGAAUACCAAACAAAAAUACACUGCAAAGUCAGUGUUUUAAACCAAAAACAUGGUCGGAGUUUUGUUUUUUCUCAUGCACUGCGUGCUGCAGGAUUUAUUUUAUACUGCACACACUGACCACUCAGACCCAUCCUCUCAUAUGUAGGCCUACCAGCUUUCUCCCACAAGACUGGAAGCCGCUAGAAUUUUGGCGUAAUAUUAUGGGACAGACACUGGCUUGCAAGCCGUAAUAUUACAGGACCGACAGUGAAAGGGUUAAAGUGGAUGGAUUUGUCAGGUAAAAAAUCAAUAUAGCCAUGAUAAUUUAAAGCUGUGUGAGCUAGUGCAGUUAGCCCAAAACCAUCUCUGAAAGAGAUACAACUAUUAUACCCUGUCUGGAAUAGGAAACCUUUAACACUUAAACUGUCCAAACGUAGAUCUACGUUCGCAUGCGUAGCUCUCCGACCUUGAUUUUCCCCAUUUGAAAGCAUGUAAAAAAAAGUAGAUCUAUGUUCAGAGCCUGCUGCACGUCAAUGUAUAUCUACAUGUGGACAGUUUAAGGGUUAACUAUAUUGUUGUGACCUUAAACAAGAGUGAAUCUCAUUACAUCUGGUCAUCAGUCCAAUUACUAUUCCAAUUGUAGUCAGCUUGACUCAUCAAUCCACAUGCAUAUCUGCAGUACCAUGCCAUAGUGGCUAAUGGUAUAGGACAGCUUAAUACAGUGGACCCCCGGUUAACGAUAUUUUUUCACUCCAUAAGUAUGUUCAGGUGCCAGUACUGACCGAAUUUAUUCCCAUAAGGAAUAUUGUGAAGUAGAUUAGUCCAUUUCAGACCCCCAAACAUACACGUACAAAGCGCACUUACAUAAAUACACUAACAUAAUUGGUCGCAUUCGGAGGUAAUCGUUAUGCGGGGGUCCACUGUAUGUUAAUAGUUUUCAGUCCCUAUUACAUUUGUAAUUCUUUUUUUUUAACCCUUAAACUGUCCAAGCAGAUCUACGUUCACAUGCGUAGUGCUCCAAAAGUAGAUCUACGUUUUUUUACAUAUUUUCAAAUAUAAGAAAAAAAAAAGUAGAUCAAAGUUUUUUUUACACGUUUUCAAAUGUACAAAAAAAAAAAAAAUCUACUUUUUUUACAUACUUUCAAAUGUUGAAAAAACGUAUAUAUACGUUUAGACCGUUUACGGGUUAAUCUUCUACUCUGAGUAACAAUUAAAAAUUAUAACCUGCAUAAAAAGUUCAUUUUAAUAUAGAUAAUUGGUUACUAAAGAUAUGCACAUAAAUUACAAGUUGUGUAGUGCUGGAGUUGCUAUCCAUAUGAAUAAUAAUGACUUACUCUGAGUCAGCAUUGGAAAUCAAAAGGUUUAGAAUUAAGUUGUAUGUACAUGAAUUGCUGUAAUUUCACCAGAGAUUAUGGCAACUCAUUCAAAGGAAAUUAAGUGUAUGUGCUCAUGGAAAGUACUUAGUGUUUUGCUCAAGGGGUGAAGUGACAACACUGAUGAUAAAGGCCGGCUCACGAUUAGCAAUCCUUCACUCCUAAGGAAAAGGUGAGAUAUAGUUGAUGUAUGCAAAUUGUUUAAUUGGUUAGGUAAAUUGUAUUGUGUGUAAAUUUUACCUCCUAUUUGCAAGGUGAUGUAAAAUUAUUUUCAUGUUUUACUUUGAUAGGGAAGACAGAGAGAAAGCUUGAGUCAAUACUACAAUUACAGUUAGGCUAAGGACCUUUGUAUUUGAGUAUGUGUGACAUAUACACAAGUGCCUGAUAUUAGAAAUCUGGAAUGAAGUACUGCAUUGAAAAGCUGAGCUGUAGUAUUUUCUCUAAAUCUGUAUUGGCAUGAUAAUGUUAACUUAGUAUAUACAUUUUCAAGAAAAUUAGUACUGUAUGUAUUUUGAUAUACAUGUAUAUACACUAUUCUUUAUUAGUAGCACAAGAGUGAUGAGAAUUAAUUUCUUAUUGGUACCUGCUUGAUUUUGCACACGUGAAAUAUUUUAUUUGUAAGACGGCAGAUUUGCUCUAUCAGUUAAUUAAAAAUUAAUUUUAAUUUAUUAAUUUAUUAAUGUGAAAGGUACAGUACUGCUUAUUUAACUAUGUAAGGACAGUGCAAAUAGUGUUGGAUAUGGUGCUCUUAGAGUGUGAAAAUUCUGUAGCCUUUCAAACUUCCAGUAAAUUUUAAUGUGUUCAUGGCUGUUACAUUUGUGUUCUCUUUAAAAAUCUCAAACAUUAUAUUUCUGUGUUUGGGCUUUGAUAACUCCUUAGAACACAACCAGCCCAUAAUGUUGCCUGUACUUGCUUUAAAGCACUGUUAUUUAGGAUUCACCUUUUAGCUUGGCAUGCCUCCUUUCCCUUUUUCUAUCUGGAUCCACACAAUAAAGUACACAUCUAACCAGAAUCCAACAGUAUGACUUACCAACCGCUCUGCAGUCAAUUCCUCUACUCAUUUGCUUGCAUUCCAAGAAAGGGCAAAGUUAUUCUUGGAGUCCUCUACUUGGGAACUCAAAUUCUGCAAGUCUGAUAAGACAACCACUUUGUUCUCUCAGUUUUGAUGCACAGUAAUUGGCUUAAGAGUCUUUGGAACCUUAUGGUACCUAGAAAGGGGAUUCCAUUACUAUUUGGGUUCAUCACAUACUCUAUUGCUCUAUCUAUUCCUGGAAGGUUUGAUGAGAAAAUAUAAGUGCUGUUACUUGUUUCGAGGAAUUUCAGGUUCUAGUAGUACUUCUCUUUUGCACUGUUGAUAUAGGAAGCUUUAUGACACAUGACCUAUUCCCAAACUGCAUCUUCAUGCCCUAUGGGACAUAUUUUGCCCAGAUUCUAUUAAGAAUAAUACUGAUACACAGUCAUCCUCAGUGUGUGAGACCCAGUGUGACUGGGACUUUAAAUUUGUAAAACACUUCUUCAUUUGGACACUGUCUAGGUUAUGGCAUGGCAUAUCCUACCUGUAUAAAUUAGUAGUAUCAUGGUAUUCAACUGUUCAGUUUAUUUGCAAGGUGGUGGGUAGCUGGUUGUUCUAGUGAAUAUUUUUUCUGCCUAGCACAAAAGGUUGACUUUAGUUAAUCUCUAGGUAUGCAUGUGGAGCUUUGCUCAGGUCCUACAGUAAAAGAUCGUAUGCAGUAGCAUCCAGCCAAAUAUGCAUAGGAGCAGUUUGGCUCAUAGGUGAUGAGUUUCCGUCUCUGUGCCAAGGCACUUGGAAUUCCAUCUUUUGUUUUACAGUUAUUGUCAGUGGGCCCUCAGAGACCUAAUUUGGUACAUGUUUUUUUUUUUUUUUAAAUUUCUACAUAGGGGCUUAAUGAUCCAAAAAGGUAGCUACCUCCCAAGUUGGCCAUUUCAAACUGGUUAGAGUGAUCGGUUAGUUCUCAUUGUUACACACCAGAAAAUUGAAAUCAAGAAGAAAAAAAUGACUAAAUAAGACAUACAGAGCUGAAAAGUACAAGAUAGUUAUAACCCAUACUGUGCUAAGGCAAACAGUUAUAAUUAUUGGCUGGCUGUGCUCCUAGUGCAGAAAUGUGUUUUCAUAAUUAAAAGCCAUGAUUUAUACAGGUAACAUCAUAUAUUUACUGAAACCCUUGAAAAGUUUCCAGUUAGUAACUACACAUUUACUAAAUUGUGUCCAAUGAGAGGGGCACACGAUCCUGGGUUCGAACACUUUGCAACCAGAAUUGUUUAUCAUUUAUGCCUGUAUAAUUUUGGCAUUAGCAUCCAGGUAUCCUAAGCAAUCUCUUGUAAUAUUCUAAAAAACUUAACAAAAUUAUGAUUGUGCCAUUUUUGUUUCUUGUAUGCCAUUUUCUUCAGUAUGACUUGUGUGAUUUAGAUUUUGUUUGAAACAAUAUUACACAUUAUUAUUAUAAUCAAAAAGAAGCGCUAAGCCACAAGGGCUAUACAGCACAAUAUUACACAAUGUUAUGAGAUAUUAAAUAUACUUUGAAAGGAUAAAGCAAAUUUAAGGUCAUAGGUACAAAUAAGUGCAAACCAACAGGAAAGCAAGUAUACUUUUAUAUUAAUAAUACAUUAAAUUUGCAUUAGUUAAGGUUUCUUUAGUGUAUGCCACUUGUAUAAUUUAUGAUUAAUACUGUAAUUGGUGUUUCAUAAAAAAAAUCUUUAUUUGUAAGCCAAAGAUGAGGUUGAUUACCUUGAAUAUUAAAGUUACAUUCUGCA